AUGGAACCAGCUGGUCUUGCAUUUGGGAUCGUGGCCCUUGCAAGCACCUUCAACAACGCCAUAGACUGCUUCGAAUACAUCCGACUUGGACGUGCUUUCGGCACUAAUUUCCAAACUAGCCUACUCAAGCUGGAUAAUGCAAGACUGCGACUUUCGCGUUGGGGCGAAUCUGUUGGUUUGGACAGCGACUUCAGCAACGCUCACAAUGUCAGGCUAGCAACAGGACCGCCGGGAGAUGUAGCCGCAGCCGAAAGAGUACUGUCACAGAUACUGGAUCUGUUCGCAAACGCUGAGGGUAUUUCGACUAAGUACAAAAACCGGGCAGGAGAAGUCGAGUGGAACCUUGCGACUUUAGACUCAGCCACAGACAUGGAGCCUGUAGGUCAAUUGCUACACGAAAGAAUGCGCUCUCUAUCCAUCAAACGCCAGAAUAGUACACCGUUACGGCAAAAGGUGCAGUGGGCACUUUACGAAGAGAAGCAUUUCAAGAGGUUGAUCGAAGAUAUCACGGAUCUCGUCAGCGAUCUCGUGCAAUUGUUCCCCGCAGCAUGCGAAGAACAGCGUAGACUGUGCAGAACAGAAGUGUCGGAGAUCAGCUCCAGAGACUGUCUCCGUGCAUUGAAAGAGAUUGCGGCAUUGCAAGACAAGGAACUCAACCGAGCUGUUAUCGAGACUUUGCAGUCAGAGGCGAGAUAA